UGAAGCAAAGAGACAACACGGAGCUUCAGAUUCCCACACGUUUCAUGCCUUUUUUGUUUGUUUUACUCCUGGAGAAGCAACGCCUGUAGUUUCACAUCGUUUUGUCCUCAAGAAUGGCAAGCCUGUAUAUUAAAGCUCCACUUCAAGAAAGACACGUUUUGUCUUUGAGUCAAAAGUACUCAUGAUAGGGUAAUACACGUUACUCGCAAGAACACGGCUCGAUGUCCAGGCAGCAGGUCAGAGAGUCAGAGGAGUGUCGUCUUGGAAAAUAGGGCAGCGACUUACCGGAGAAAAGUUAUUAGCUUAAGAUAAAUAGAUAAAUAAAUUUUACAAGUUAAAUAGACAUUCGCAAAAUAUUGAUUUCCAGCUAACGUUAUGUAACAUAUGAGGUCCAGGAGCAAAAAUGACAUUAACCAAGUAAGAUAAAUAUUAGUGGAAGGACACAAUUAAAAAAUGAAUCUGUCUAAUUAGAGGCUGAUUAACAAGGGCAUAGAGGUAAAAAAGUGAUAUAUGCAGUGUUGUCUUCAUUUUAAAUGCCAAAAGGAUUUUGCGGCUCCCGGUGUUUUCUGUGGGAAACAGGUCGAAAUGGCUCUUUGAGUGUUAAAGGUUGCCGACCUCUGGUCGAGCAUUACAUCUAAGCCAGUUCAAGGCGGAAAGGAUCAUUUUCAUCAUCAAAGAAGGGUAAACAGUUUUUUAUUUGAGUAAUAUUCAGUAGAGAACCUCUGAAAAACAUCUGCAAGGAAACCAUACUUUUAUUUAUGAGCCGUUUGAUCGAAGCUGAUGCAACAAAAAACUUGUUGAAUUUAAUGCAUUUAUGCUUUUAAGGUUCAGAUUGAAAAUGAAGUCAACAGCCAACGGUAACAUAACACUUCACCUAAAGAAGUUUAAAACAAUCUUUGAUAAUUAAUGUCUUCCAAAUGGAUUUCUCAUUUAAUUGAAAUAUUUAACAGCUUCUCAGUAUUUUUGUUUUUCCAGCAGAUGGCAUGGCAUGGCAUUGUGUGGGAGUUUGAAUUGUUAUAUUUUUACUGCUGAAAGUCUAACUGAGGGCAGCUAUCCUGUCCAGCAUCCAGAGAGACAUGGAUGUCCUGUAGUUUUUACUGAGAAUAAGAGAGUGCAUGCUAAUCUUAAGUGAUCAGAUCUCAGUGUUGUUUUCCUUUUCUUUCACUAGAGGGCACACUUUACUGCUGUAUUUGGACUGAGGAUUUUGUGUCUCAGCUCACUUCUCUGAUGAUGAGGAGCUCUUUCUGUUUUAUUGGCAAAAGUCCUGAAGAGGAUCUGCUGUCGAUGUGGAGCAAUGUGCUCAUUUGCAUAGCGGAAUGCAAUUUAUCAUUAUGGGAAAGCAGUUGAGAAUAGAGGUGGGCAAGUGGUGAUUAUUUUCAUUAUCAGUAACAGUGCUUCCUCUCAGAUUUUUUCAGCUGCAGAGACAGGUUCUCCAGGGAGCCAUGGAGGCAUAAACAAAUGACACUUAAGCGCAGAUUUUACUUUUACAACCUAUUUACUGAAUGGCCAGUGGACACAGGUUUUUAAAGGCUGAAUGUAAAAAAAUAAAUAAAUAACUGAAAAAAAAUGAUAAGUUAAAUUAGUUAUUAGUUAAGCAGCACGCAUAUCAAACAAAGGAACUCAGCAGUUCUAAAAUUAAAGAAUAAAACUGAAGGCUAAAAGUUCAAAAUUAAAAAUAAAAAAAAUGAAAAUAAAGAAAAUAUGAGACAUCACACCAAAGAACUAUGCAGCUUAAAUGAAAAUAAAACAGGAGAGAACAUAUAAAUUAUACAGGACAUAAUAUAGAAUAAAACACUAAAACUAAUUUAACCUAAAAGUAAAUUUCACAUAAACUGAAUUCUAUAAAAGUGGGUUGUAAGAAGCGAUUUAAAAGAAGUUACUGACUCUGCAAGCCUUGUCUCCUCAAACAAGUCGUUCCAAAGUCGAGGGGUCCUGAUGGAAAAGGCUCGGUCACUCUUAGAUUUAAGCUUUGACUUUGGAAGGACUGGAAGGGAUGCACUUGAGGAUCAAAGGCUGCGAGCAGGCUCAUAAGGGGUCAGCAGAUCGCAAAUGUAGCUUGGGGCGAGACCCUGGUGAGCUUUAAAAAGUGAUCAGCAAAUUCUUAAAAUCAAUUCUGCAAUGAACAGGGAGCCAGUGGAGGGAAGCCAGGAUGGGUGUGAUGUGACGUCGUCUGUUUAAACUGGUAAGAAGCCUAGCUGCUGCGUUUUGGACAAGUUGGAGGCGACAGAGGCACUUUAUAGGAAUGCCAGAAAGGAGGGAGUUAUAAUAAUCGAGAUGGGAAAAGAUAAGUGUAUGUUCAAGUUUUUCCAGGUCUGAUGUGGGGAGCAAAACUGAGGUUUGGAUCUAAUAAAACGUCUAGGUUUCUGGCAGCUUGGUGGAGAAUGGACCGAGGUUGUUGGCAGUGAGACUGCUGUGUAGGUUUGGAGGGUUUAAAAGUAGUACUUCAGAUUUUGAUUUGUUUAAUUGAAGAAGGUUUUGAGCCAUCCAGCUGAUUGGUCGUGGGCUUAUAUACCAAGACAGUGAUCCCAAACAUACUUCAAAGCAGUGCAGAGAUUACUUGACCAAGAAAAAAGCAUCUGGAGUACUGGAACUGAUGGACUGGCCAAGUCAAAAUCCCGACUUGAACCCUGUUCAACAGAUUUGAAUUCAUUGAGUUCAAAAAUAGAUCACACGAAAGUUUCAUUCAUUGUCAGAGCCCUCUUUUCACCCUCUCCCUAUCUGGCAUCCAAAUACCCUUUUCCUAUCUGUCUCCCACUUUUUCCUCUCCAUCUCUCUUUUCUCCCUUUCUCCCUCUCUCUCUCUCUCUCUCUCUCCAGCAGGGCUCUGAGUGAAGCGCAGACAAAGCUGCCUCCACUGAGACAAUCAGCCGCUUCGUGGGAGUCUGGACAGCUGAAGAUCGUUCCACUAAUCACCUGCCUCUGCUACAAAAGACCGGUUCACUCCUUCUUUUUCCGCCAGAUUGUUGUACAUGACUUACCUAACCGGCUGUCGAGACUCCUGCCUGCAGUGCUCUGCCUGUUUCCCCUUGGACUCUGUCUCUCGCCUGCAGUGCUCUGUCUGUUUCCCCCCAUUGGACCCUCCCGACGCUUCGAAACCCUCCGGAUCCCUUCCUGGUUUCCUCCCUCCUGGUUCCCCCCGGAUUCCUCUGCCUCUGAUCAGCCUGGUUCACCCCUCAUCCCCGCCUGGAUCAUCUGCGUCUGCCUUCCCUUCUCCCUCGGCGCCAUCCCUCCUCGAUCUUCGUCCCCAAACCGAGCCCCGCCGCCGCCAGGGAUCCCAUAACCAUCUGCCGCCACACUCGACUCCCCCCAUGGAACCGACGACGGCCGCCGAUCCCCGGUUCAGACCAGAGCAAUGUUAUACCAUCCAUGGUUUGGAGCUAUCCAGAGUGACAGUGGUCACCUCUAGUCUUCAAGUCGUCUAUGACACAUUUGUCAGACCUGAUAAUGAAGUUAUUGACUAUAACACCAGGCAUCAGUGAGGAAGAUGUGAAGGGUAACCACACCUCCCUCAGAGAGGUCAAGGAAACCUUGUUGAGCUUCAUCAACACCAUUCUCAUUGGACACAGCCUGGAAACAGACCUCUGUUUACUGAAGGUGACCACUACAAACUUUAAAACAGCAUUAACUUUUCUUGCACAGCUGCUUUCACAUCUGUCACAACUUACACAGGUGAUUAUAAAAGCCCUGGAUUUUUUAAAAA